AGCCAUGGCGGCCGCUCGGGACCUAAGGUUCCUGUUAUCGGGCAGGUGGUGCCGUACCCUUCGACUAGCUCCCCAAUCCCGGGCUCUCGCCGUCCUGGCACCUGGAGUGACCCAGAUAGAUAACAAGUCUGAUUUUCUGGGGAAGAAGCCCCAUCGUAAACAUCCUGGCAUCCUGCGCCUUCCGCACCUGCGGCUGCCACAGACACUGGCUAACGCCGCGCAGCUGCAGCUGCUUGCUUUUUAUCUUUGGCCCGUAGAGAACCCAAUGCCUAAUAUGGAGAAGCGGGUGCAAGCACUGACUAAUUAUCUCUGGAGCCGACAGUUGCCUGUAGAACCAGAGGAGUUACAAAAAAGAGCUAUGGAUCUUGAGAAAAAAUUCCUGGAAAAUUCAGACUCAUUUCAGACAGAGGAGAAACUUCGUGAAGCAGUACUACAUGUCCUGCGCAAAACUACCUACCACUGGCAAAAUAUAAGCUACAAUGAAGAACUGAGCCUAAUAUAUAUGGCAGCAAGACUGGACGGUGGCUUUGCAGCAGUCUCCAGGGCAUUCCAUGAGAUCCAUUCUCGAAUUCCAGAGUUCAAACCACAAACUUUGAUGGACUUUGGAUCUGGUACCGGUUCUGUUACCUGGGCAGCUCACAGCACUUGGGGCCAGAGCCUACAUGAAUAUAUGUGUGUGGACAGUUCAGCUGCUAUGUUGAACUUAGCAGAAAAGCUACUAAAAGGUGGUUCAGAAUCAGGGGAGCCUCAUAUUUCAGGUGUCUAUUUCAGACAAUUUCUACCUGUAUCACCCAAGGUACAAUUUGAUAUAGUAGUAUCAGCCUUUGCCCUAAGUGAACUACCCAGCAAGGCUGAUCGCACUGAAGUGGUUCAAACCUUGUGGCGUAAGACAAACCGUUUUCUGGUAUUGGUAGAGAAUGGAACAAAAGUUGGGCACCGCCUUCUCAUGGAUGCCCGGGAUCUGGUCCUUAAGGGAAAAGAGAAGUCUUCUUUGGACCCACGACCUAGUUUUGUAUUUGCUCCGUGUCCCCAUGAACUUCCUUGUCCUCAGUUGACAGCUUCUCCGCCCCUGGCCUGUAGCUUCUCCCAGGCUUAUCAUCCCAUCCCCUUCAGCUGGAACAAGAAGCCAAAAGAGGAAACAUUCUCCAUGGUGAUCCUUGCCAGGGGGUCUCCAGAGGAAAUUAAUCGCUGGCCUCGUUUGACUCAGCCUCUCUUUAAACGGCCUCGCCAUGUGCAUUGUCACCUGUGCUGUCCCGAUGGGCACAUGGAGCAUGCUAUCAUCACAGCCCGCCGACAUGGCAAGGAUUUGUAUCGCUGUGCCCGUGUCAGCUCCUGGGGAGAUCUUUUACCUGUGAUUGUUCCAGCUGAGUUUCCCCCAUCCCCUACUGAUGAUCCCCCUGAGAGUUGACAAGAAUGUGUCACAAAGUAUUUCUUCUAUCACUCCUGCCAAAGCUAAAGCUACCUGAUAUCUAGGAGGGGAGAGCCAGUAUCCUUGUGUGUCUGCAUUUGUAUGAAGUUUUAAUGAUUGUAAUAAAUUGUUUAAGAAUAAAAAUGGAUUUUACAA